AUGUCGCACGACGAAUUCAGGGUGCGUGAACCGCUGGUUGGUCCAGAGUUGCCCACCAUCGACGAGGUCCUGAAUUCGAUGCUGCCAAUUUACCGCCAAGCCCUGCAGGACUUUUGCGAUAGGCAGAUGAGGGAACGAAUGCGUAUGCGCUGUCGCAUACACGUGAGUUUGGAAAUCGACUGCGAAGAGGUGGAGGAAGCCUCAGCCCGGGGCGAAUUUGAGGUGGAGUUUGGCGUGCCGGAGCCAGCUCCACAGGCUGGGGCUGCAGCCGAGGAAGCGGCGGUGGCGGGCGCCGCUGAGGCUGCCGAAAUUGCGGCCGACGACGCGCCAAUGGAAGAUGGCGCUGAGGCCGCCGUUGAAGAAGAGGAGGCUGCGGUCGAGGAGGCAGCCAUUGAUGAAGAUGCCGCCGAGGUGCGCGAAGAGGCGGCGAAUGAUGGUGAAGAGGGCGAAAUGGAGGUGCGCGAACUCCAGCUGUAA